GAGUUGUUUUUCUCUGCCAAUGUCCGACUUCGUCCCGGUGUUUGUGGUUAAAGUCUGUAACCCGGCUGGUUGAGCGUCUCAUGUGAAGCGGGUUUCUUGUGUUCUAUGGAUUUGCUGCAGCUGCUGUCAUGGGCGUGCAUCGUGUUUACAGUCGGGAUGUUCUCGACAGGACUGACGGACCUGAAGAAGAUGCAAGCAGCCAAAAAUGCUGACAACGUUCAGUUUCUCCCCUUCCUCACCACCUGCCUCAAUAACUUGGGCUGGUUGUAUUAUGGGAUUCUGAAGCGAAAUGGUACAGUGGUUCUGGUCAACGUCAUCGGAGCUGUUCUUCAGACCGUCUACAUCAUCUCAUACUGCCACUACACCAAAGAGAAGAGGCGUGUGAUUUCCCAGUGCCUAGCAGCAGGAGUGGUGCUAGCUUGUGGCUGGCUCUACUUCGGUGUGCUUCUUCCUCAGGGAGACUCUCAGCUCGGCCAGCUCGGCCUCACAUGCAGUGUGGUCACUGUCAGCAUGUACUUCUCCCCACUCACUGACCUGGUAGGGAUGGUGCGAAGUGGUAAUUUGGAGCGCCUGUCCUUCCCUCUGACCGUGGCUACCUUCCUCACGUCGUCCUCCUGGGCGCUUUACGGCCUUGAGCUGAAGGACUACUACAUCAUGGUCCCAAACACACCUGGAAUCCUCACCAGCCUCGUCAGAUUCUAUCUGUUCUGGAGAUUUGCAUCUGUCAAUCAAAGCUCGCCGUCCUACCAGCUUAUCGAAUUAUGAGUGGAGGGUGGAGGUUCUCGCCAUUCGAGGAAAGGGAGCAGGAUGGAUGGUCUGUCGGCUUCAUGAUGGUCAGCAUUGUUGUUCAUCCAUCAUUUUUCUGUUUUUAUUUUAGCAUCCUGUGAGACAGUUGUGCGGCGAGACGCAAACUCCCGUCAGGCAAAGCCCCCCUCAGGACAGGGAUAAUGAGUUAUGUCUGUUUACAGCAGUCAGUCAUUCCAUUUGGGGUAUUCCAUGAAAAAGGGACUAUGCACACUGAUAACUGUAGAAAUGGAGAUGGAGUAAUUUUUUUAAGUGUUUUUCGUGAGAUCGGUGGUUUGUAUGGUCACGAUACUUCCUACAACCACAUUUAUAAUUGUCGUUAAUAAUGAAAUUAUUCAACAUGUCAAGAGGUACAGGAAAAUAACCAGAAAACCUUUUACAGUCCUCUGGAUAAUUUGCCUC